UGUCUAUAUAUUUUCCGCGGAAUCCCAUUGUUCUGAUUAUCCGAUCACCAACUUGCAAGAUUUUAUCCAAAAACAAAAGGGGCAAAGAGCAAGAAGAAUAGCGCAAAGCGACUCAGCGACUCCGCUAUUAUGAACCGUGGACAAUAACGCAAACGAACUUGAAGACUACCCAUAUUAGGGUAGCUUGUCCAUCAUUUAUCUUCAUGGUUCAGGUUCAUCGAGUAAUGUCUACGAGGGCUAUAACAAUGCUCGAAUCACAGCAAUAGAGGUACCAGAUACUAUCGUCAGACGAACCUAGUAACUGGAAUAAUAGAUGACAUGUGUCAAUCAAGAAAUAUGCAACAUUCUCUCGGAGGCUGAGGCUGGACGAUUGUUAAUUGUAGUAAAGUCAGCCCAGCCAGGGUAUCAUUUAACCGUACAUCAUGAAAUGCAGGUUCGCUCUUACCUAAUUAUAGCGCAGAGUAAUGGAAUGAUGGUUGUGUUUACUGGCACAACGUUGGCAUAUGACUCGGUCCGCUUUAUUUGGUUGUUAUCUGUUUAAUUUUGACUGAAUGGUUAUAACAUGGCCCCCCUUGUUGUGGUGAGUUACCGUAGCAUUAGCAUUCAUCUCUGCGAUGUACCCACCGGUGAGGUAAAGUUUUUCAG